AGAAAGACUCACGUCAUUGUGUUACUAAUACAGGACAGAGCAAGCAAAAGCAAAAGAUCGGGCAGGGAAGAACUUUUUUUAAGACCAACGACAAAAGUGUUUUACUAACCGCAGAAGAGGAGUUUAAAGCUGAGAAGGAAGGGAAAUCAAGGAAAACGUAAAGACAGCAAAGCAGAAACGACCAAAACAUCGUUAACUACGUGUGAAAGACAAUUUUGAAAAGUUACAAUGUCUGGCUCAAGCACUAAUGGUGAACCUAAUUCAGCAACUCGAAUGACUUCUACUGUGACCAUCAAUAUCUCCACUCCUAGCUUUUAUCAUCCCACCAAAAAAUUUGCUCCUGUUGCAGCACCAAAACCCAAGGGACCCACUGUAUCCAACAGCCAUGUGCCUGUGCCACCUAUUGAGCAGCCACAAUCUGGACAAGUCUCAAGUGCUGGCAGCUCAGCUACACCAGCAGUUUUCAUGCAUCAGAGUAGCUCGAAAGCUGUGAUUGGACGAGUGGGGGAUGUACCUUUACCACCACCACCACCACCACCACCUGUUGUUGACGAUUUCCCUCCCCCUCCCCCACCCGUGGAGGACAGUGAUCUACCAACCCCACCACCCUGUUUGGAUCCAGAACCACCAAGCUUUAUGAAUGCAACUACAAGCUUCCCUGCUCCACCUCCUCCUCCUGCUUUUGAAGAGCCUUUUCCUUCCCCUCCCCCGGUGGAGGAAACUUUCCCUUCACCACCGCCUCCGCCACCACCACCACCCCCACCUCCUAUGCCUUUGAGCAAUAAUAAUCCUCAGAAGACAUUUCAGAAGCAGACCAGCUUUGAUAAACAGCUUGACUCCUUAACCAGCAUGCUAUCAGAAAUGGAAAAAUUUGAUCCUUUUCGUGGCAAGUUUUCUUCUCCAAAUUCCACAGUUGGAAAUUCUUCAGCAGAGCCUGGAAAGCCGGUACCCAAAUUUUCCCCAAAGCCAGCUGUCCCACCACCAACUGCACCAAAGCCUGCUGUUGCUAACAUUCCUCUAGACAAGUCAAGCCCACCACCAUGGGCAGCAGAAAUCAAAGCUCGACAAAGCCAGGCCAAGCCAGCACAGACUUGUGUUACAGAGACUCCACCUGCUGGCGUUGGCACUGUGCAAAAUCGUUUCUCACCUGCUCAGGCUGCCAGUGAGGCCAGAGCACGGUUUAACACACCUCCUAUCAAUCAGAGCACACAGUCCAACAUUGGCCAUAGUCAGGCUCGUUUUACCACACCUCCGGUUGUGAAGCAAGCUCCUGCAUCCCAUCCAGGCCCAGGUUCCCAGGCUCGUUUUACCACACCCCCAGUUAUUAAACAUGCUCCUCCUCCUCUUUCUGGUAACCCUCAGCAAGCUCCAUCGAUCUCAUCUCCAGCUGUGAGUCAUGGUUCUCAAGGCCCACAAUCAUUACCUUCAGCAGGACAUACUUUCCAGACUUGUAUUAAUCCUCCAAACACUGCUGGUGAUUCAGGAAAGGUGGAGACAGGAUUAGCACCAUCUACUCAGAAUAGACCAAUUGGAGGCAAAAGCCAAAAGGAUUCAAACUCUGGUGUACCUCUCACCAUGAAGGAGGUAGAAGAGUUGGAGAAAAUGACCCAGAAAUUCAUGAAAGACAUGGAUAAUCCCCCUGUUAUUCAAAGCCCAGUCACAGAUUCUUGUGGAAUGUGUGCCCAACCAUUGUCUCGCACGCAGCCUGCUGUUCGUGCCAUGGAUAAGCUGUUUCAUACGGAGUGCUUUACUUGCAUCUCCUGUCGAAGACAGCUGCAGGGUUUCCAGUUCUAUGAGGUGGAGGGUCAACCACAGUGUGAAGAUUGUUAUGUGAACACCUUGGAGAAAUGCUCUGUUUGUAAGAAGGCUAUCUCAGACCGUAUGCUGCGGGCCACAGGUGGUGUGUAUCACCCAGCUUGCUUCACUUGUGUGCAGUGUCACUGUCCUCUGGAAGGGACGCCAUUCAUCACAGAUGACAAAAAUCAGCCAUACUGUGUGAAUGAUUAUCACAGGCGCUUCUCGCCUCGUUGUUGUUCAUGUGGAGAGCCCAUUAUGCCUGAAUCUGACAAGGAGGAGACUGUGCGUGUUGUUGCCCUAGAAAGGAACUUCCAUCUCAAGUGUUAUCGCUGUGAAGACUGUUCUCGCCUUUUAUCCGUGGAAGCUGACCAGGAUGGCUGUUACCCCUUGGAUAAUCGCAUUCUGUGUUUGAAGUGCCAUACGGUGCGUGCCAAGCAGGCAGCAGCUCACUGAUAGAGUGCCAAAGAUAUGCUGCUUCAAUCUGGCUUAGCUCUGACUAGCUGACUGCUAUUUGCUCCUCCAGGGAAUUCGUACAGUGUGUUGGGUGGGUGUGUACCAAAUCUCAUGUUGUGAUAUUUUUGGUCCAAAAAUAAUUGUCAUGAUUUGGACAUUUUUGGGGAGCAGUGCAAUUUCUAGUAUCUGCAUAGAUUUUCGACGCAGAUUAUUAUGACUGUUACUUCUUGUUUUUCCAAGCAAGGGUUUAAGAAAAAAUGGUUAGGAUUAUUUAUUUUCCUUCCACUUUUUUGUGGCUCAACCCUUUUAAGUUCAUUAAGUUUCCUAAGGGCUGUAUGAGUGAAUUUAUUUGAGCAAUAAAGAUGUUUACGUGAAAUAGAAUGGUAGAGCAGGUUUCAUGACAUCGGUUUUCAGAACAUCAUGCAAACAAGUAAAGUCUAGUUUUCUGUUGACAGCAAUAGGAGAAAGUGCUAUUAAUUUCUAAUCUUGCUUACAGUUAAAUUAGUUCAUUAAAUGUUAACUUUGAAAUUGUUUGUUAUCACUGUAUUCCAUUAUUUGAUCUGAUGGGGUUACUGGAGGAGCAACUGAGAUGCUUUGAAUAGCAGGUUGCCUUGUUUAUUAUCAAUUUUCCUCUUAUACACACUGCUUUUAUCUGUUAGCAUCUUAUGCAUUUCAUUUUAUAAGUGGGAAUUGUGAGUAAUACUGCUGCAGCUAAUAUAAUGCAUUUAAUAAAGAUUCUGUGCAACACAAAUAUAAAAUAGCAUAGAAUGAGACCAAGUGAAAACAAUUAAAUCCUCAAUAUUUGUUUGUUUACAAAGAAGAACACUGAAUAUUCAGUUAUCUAGUUAUGAAUUUAUUUUUCUUGUUGAUGGAUUGUUUGAAUGUGUCUCUUAAUAAGAACACCACCGGGUUUGAUAUCACUUUUUUAAUUGAGUAACUGCAUAUUUGUAAUUUGAAGAUGUUACUGUAUUAAUCUGCUUUGCCAAAUUAUUAAUACUGUUGGCAACACUUAAUAAAGUGAUGGAUGUGUCUUCAUGCUCACUUUGUA